GCCUGCGUCCUCCUCAACUCGGGAGCAGGUCUUGCUGGCACUGUCGGACCAGGCAGCUGUUCUCAGACAGGGAAGGGAGUUGCAGUCUCGUCAAAGUAGGGCCGCGGCGGGUCGCCCGCCCCGCCCACGAGGCCCGACUCCAUUUGCCAGGGGCCCCGGGCUCAGGACUCUGGGACUACAAGCCCCAGCGGGCGCCGCGGGGCCGCGCCGCGACCUGCGCACUGGCGUUCGUUGCAAAGUGCUAUGACAACAGCGCGGAGAUGGCUUGGAGUUAGGCAGUGUGGGGAGGAGCCCCUUCCGCCGCCUUGGUCCCCGCUCCGCUGCGCCCCGGCCCGCCGCCGCCUUUGUGAGCUGCAGAACCUGCCCUUGUCCGCGCGCUCCGGUCCGCUCAGGGACUGAUGUGUUGCCCUGCCCGUGUCCAGGGCUGACCGGGGAGCCAUGCAGGGGCGCUCCUCAGGGGGACCGCCCCAGCCCGGUGCAGCCAGAGGUGCCACCUAGGGAGAGACCCCCAGUGCCCGGGGCAGCGCGGAGCCCCCGCGGCUCGGGUCUUGCCCGGGCUCUCUUUGCACCCAGCCUUCCCGCUUCCGGGCACCCCGCGGGCGUUCUUCGGGGGCGAUCCGCGCCGAAAGAGGGGCAGGGGACGCCAGAGUGAACAAAAAUGUCUUUAUUUAAAGCCCGUGAUUGGUGGUCUACUAUUCUGGGUGAAAAAGAAGAAUUUGAUCAAGGCUGUUUGUGUUUGGCUGAUGUGGACAAUACAGGGAGUGGCCAAGAUAAAAUCAUUGUGGGUAGCUUUAUGGGAUACCUAAGAAUCUAUAACCCCCAUCCCGUGAAAAUUGGAGAUGGAGCCCACGCUGAAGAUCUGCUUCUAGAAGUGCACCUGCAGGACCCCAUCCUGCAGGUGGAAGUAGGGAAGUUUGUCUCAGGUACUGAAUUGCUUCAUUUGGCUGUGCUGCAUUCUAGGAAGCUCUGUGUCUACUUUGUCUCAGGUACCUUGGGUAAUGUGGAACAUGGUAACCAAUAUCAGAUCAAACUGAUGUAUGAACAUAAUCUUCAGAGAACAGCGUACAAUAUGGCUUAUGGAUCAUUUGGUGGUGUCAAAGGUCGAGAUUUAAUUUGUAUCCAGUCAAUGGACGGAAUGCUGAUGGUGUUUGAGCAGGAAAGCUAUGCUUUCGGGAGGUUUCUCCCCGGUUCUCUUCUCCCUGGUCCUCUUGCUUACAGUUCCCGGACUGAUUCCUUCAUUACUGUUUCUUCUUGCCGACAAGUGGAAAGUUACAAGUACCAAGUACUUGCUUUUGCAACGGAUGCGGAUAAAAAACAGGAGACUGAACAGCAAAAACUUGGUUCUGGAAAAAGACUAGUUGUGGAUUGGACUCUAAAUAUUGGGGAGCAAGCCCUUGAUAUCUGUAUUGUUUCUUUCAAUCAGUCAGUAUCUUCCAUUUUUGUGCUUGGUGAGAGAAACUUUUUUUGCCUUAAGGAAAAUGGACAAAUUCGAUUCAUGAAGAAACUUGAUUGUAGUCCGAGCUGUUUUCUCCCGUAUUGCUCAGUUUCUGAAGGAACAAUAAAUACUUUGAUUGGAAACCAUAAUAGCAUGCUGCAUAUUUAUCAGGAUGUGACACUGAAAUGGGCCUCUCAACUUCCUCAUAUUCCUGUCGCAGUAAGAGUGGGAUCUUUACAUGAUUUAAAGGGAGUGAUAGUCACUCUGAGCGAUGAUGGCCACUUGCAGUGUUCCUAUCUGGGGACAGAUCCGUCUCUGUUCCAAGCUCCCAAGGUUGAAGCUAGAGAAUUGAACUACGAUGAGCUUGAUGUAGAGUUGAAAGAACUUCAGAAAAUCAUCAAAGAUGUUAACAGAUCACAAGGUGUUUGGCCCAUGACUGAGAGGGAAGAUGACUUGAAAGUGUCUGCUGUGGUGUCUCCUAACUGUGAUUCAGUGCCUGCUACUGAUGCUGACGCAGGACCUGAUCUCGUCCCUUCUGUCACAGUGAAGAUCACACUGCAGAAUCGAGUGGCAUUGCAAAAAGUCAAAUUGUCAGUGUAUGUGCAUUCACCAUUGGUAUUAACUUGUGAUCAGUUCACCUUUGAACUUACCGCACCAGAGAUGUCUAAAACAGCAGUCUUUUCUGUGUACCUGAAAGGAAAUUAUAUGCCAUCUGAGUUGGAAGGAAAUGCGGUUGUUUCUUAUUCCAGACCAACAGAUCGAAACCCCGAAGGCAUUUCUCGAGUUAUGCAAUGUAAAUUUAGACUUCCCUUGAAGUUGAUAUGCUUACCAGGCCAGCCUUCCAAAACAGCAAGCCAUAAGCUGACUAUUGACACAAACAGGGCUCCAGUCAGCCUUCUCAGCCUCUUUCCAGGCUUUGCCAAUCAAUCAGAAGAUGAUCAGGUGAAUGUAAUGGGUUUCCGCUUCUUAGGAGGUUCCCGAGUUACUGUUCUUGCUUCUAAAACCUCUCAACGAUACCGCAUUCAGAGUGAACAGUUUGAAGAUCUCUGGCUCAUAACAAAUGAGCUUAUUAUCCGCCUUCAAGAGCAUUUUGAGAAACAGGGAGUCAAAGAUUUUGCCUGUUCUUUUUCUGGAUCGAUGCCCCUUCAAGAAUAUUUUGAGUUGAUAGAUCAUCAUUUUGAGCUUCGGAUAAAUGGUGAAAGAUUAGAAGAACUUUUAUCAGAAAGAGCCUUGCAGUUCCGGGCUAUCCAGUGUCGACUGUUGACAAGAUUCAAAGAUAAAACACCCGCCCCUCUCCAGCACCUGGACACCCUGCUAGAUGGGACUUACAAGCAGGUAAUUGCUCUAGCAGAUGCUGUCGAGGAGAACCAAGACAAUCUGCUGCGGUCCUUCAGCCGCCUGAAGAGCGCCACCCGUCUGGUGGUCCUGCUUGUCGGGCUGUGGCAGAAGCUCAGUGCCGACCAGGUCGCCAUUCUGGAGGCGGCAUUGCUCCCCCUGCAGCAGGAGUCCCAGGAACUGGGAUGGGAAGAAACAGUGGACGCUGCCAUUUCUCACCUUUUGAAAACCUGCCUGUCGAAGAGCUCAAAGGAGCAGGCUCUGAACCUCAGCAGCCAGCUGGGCACCCCCAAAGACACCGCCCGGCUAAAGAAACACAUCACCUUGCUCUGUGAUAGGUUGGCCAAAGGUGGGCGCCUCUGUCUCAGUGCCGACGCCGCUGCUCCACAGACGAUGGUCAUGCCAGGUGGCUGCACUAUGAUCCCGGAGUCAGAGCUAGAGGAAAGAGCAGUCGAACAAGAUGCCCCUGAACUGUUUACCAACCACAAACACCUCAUGGCAGACCCGUCCACCCCAGAAGUUUCGCCCCUCCAGGGAGAGUAAAGUUUAAACAGAGUUGUCUGAUCAAAAGCUAGAGGGCUUCCCAGUGCUGAUCCUGUGUAAACCUCAUGCCAAAUGCAUGGAGAGUUCGGCUCACCCAUCUGGAGAAGACACACGACAGAGACGAGGAUCUGGACUUCUCAUGAGGACACCAAGAAAAGCAAUUUCAGCUUGUCCCACCAGGAAAGGAAAUGACUACUUUCUUGGUCAUCUGUAUGAUUGCAGCUCCAAUUUCAGGAUAAAGUGAAAUGACAUCAUUUUGGGAUAGACUUUAUCAUUGGAAGACCUCGACCCAAAAUUAUUUGAUACCCCAUUUUUCCCCACAGAAUUCUUAUAGAAUAAAUGCAUUCAGUUUAAUAAAGCAUCUCAUUGUCAAACAAAUAAUAUCUGGGAUUUGAUUUGGUUAUCUAGGUGAUUUAUCUUUAUUAUUUCUUGAACUGAAAAUUUUCCUACUUCUUAAGACUCAAAUGUAUCUUGAUAAAUUUAAAAAUAUAUAAUAUAUAGAUAUUUAUAUAUAUAUAGUUCUAUACAUGCAUAUGGAUCUUUAGAACUUUUUACAUGAUUUGCUCCAUUAGGCAGAAAGGGAAAGUAGUAAAUUUUUCUAAUAUAAUAUGAAAUGUUUAAAUAAAUAUUUAAGUAAAUUAGCGCCCCAGCACCCUCUCUUCACUGCCCCAGUGAGUGACAACUUCCAACAAUCCCAAUUAUGAAAAGACUCACUAUAUUACAAUAAGAAGGUUAAAUUUUGAAAUAAGAUAUUUUUCUAGUUUUGAGUUAAAAUUACAGCUACAAAACUGGCUUUAUAAACAAAAAUAUGUCUGUGCAAGAUUUGGAAAUAUCUCUCAUACUAAAUUUAGUACAAAUGGGUAAAUGAUUUGUGGUUUACCUAUGUGAGAGAAAUGUCAGGCUGCAGAGGAGGAGCUAUUAGUUCACGUGCUCUUUUAUGUAGCAGAAGAUCGACAAUUUUCAUUGUCAGGCAUGAAAGUAGCCUUUGAGCCAAAGCAAACCACUGGUUUAAUUCAGCCAGCCUGUGUGUUGCAUCCAGCACACACUGGUACCUUAGUUGCAAAGACACAACUUCUGACCACCUGAUCACUUCAGCUCUGUUUAAGAAGGUUACAUGCAAUGUCUAUUUCUUCUUAAAAGUGUAUUUCUGUGUUCCUUUCUUCUUGUUGUUAUUUGAUUCCUAUAGAUGUUCUAGUACUAUCCUUGUUCUCACCUCUGCUCACUCUUCUCUUAUUGAAUGUGCAUAUAUAUCCAUAUGGUCCAUUGCAAUCCCUUUUUGCUCAUGGUUCCAUAUUAAUUUACCUUAACCAGUCACCAUCUACUGCUCCUCUUCUGUUUCUGAUUCUUUCAUUUCACCUUUUGAUUUUAUCUCUGAUUUCUCAUGGUCUAAAAUUGAAGCCAGCAACAUUUCUUUGAUUUCCAGUAUGGUUAGAUAGAUAGAUAGAUAGAUAGAUAGAUAGAUAGAUAGAUAGAUAGAUAGAUAGAUAGAUGAUAGGUAUAUAAUUACCUGCUCAUGUUCUUUUCCUCUCUAUAGGACUGAAUGGAUGUUGGUAGUGAUAAUUAUCUUCUUAUGGCUUUAAAAUAGCAUUUAUGUAAACUUAUACUAACUUUGGUGAUUGAAUAUUGUAUAACCUUUGUUCUCAAUGUGGCACUUUAAACUUUGUUUCUGGGUUCUUUUUUUAAUAGAAGCUUCUUCAAUUGUAAGUGGUGAAGCAUUAAUUGUAAGUAGUGGAAUCAUUAAGCAGUGCUCCCUUUCCAUGCUUUUGUGCCUUUGGCCUCUGUGAUCUGAUUGCUUCCCUCACUGCUUCUCUAUGGCUCUCCGUGUCCUGCUCGGGCUGCUGUGUCUGUGCCACCACCUGCUUCCUUGCGUCCCCCACACUCCAAUCCUGGCUCAGAGAUGUCACUCCCUGUCUUCUCUGCUCUCAUAUCUCAGAGUUUUACAUGAGCGUCUCCAAGCUCCUCAUUCCUGGAAAUGACCCAAGUCAUAGACAUGACCCAGGUGUUAGACUCUUGCACCCUCCUGUGUUUGUGCUCGCUUCACCCACUGCCACACCAGCUCUUCACUCAUGGUCAGACGUGGUCCCAUCCCACAUGAACUCAGUGAGGUGCUGGUGGGUUGCACUGGAGAAACUGUGGCAAGAGAGUUCCCCAGUGCCUGAUCCCCGGAACUGGCUUUUGUAAAGGGGAAGCACUUCCCGAGAUCAAGUAACCUGGAGUUACAAGACUUAUCUUUUGCUGUGAAACAUCUUGUUCCUCAGCAUGAACAGCUUGGCUGUCAUUUCCUUAACUAACACAAGAGAAGAGCAACAAUAAAAAUCCAACAGCUCCAACACCCGUAAACCCAGCAUCCCUCCCACCCUCCCCAAUCCCAUCUCCCCCCCACCCCACCCUGCCACUGUGGCAAGGCAUUCCCUUCUGUUCUCUCUCUCUAAUUAGCUGUUGUGGUUUGCAAUAAAGGUGUUCAGUGGCCGCUGUGCUCAGUCUCUAGCCCUCAUUCAGCCCGCAACUCCCUUCCCCCACAUGGCCUUCGACUACAAUGUAGUUGGUGAUCGCUUCUCUGAGUUGACCUUUCCCCGGAACGUGAGGCCAGCCUCGAAGCCAUGGAGUCAACCUCCUGGUACUUAUUUCUACAGUUCUUGGGUGAUAGUCUCCCACUCUGUUAUUCUAUAUACCAUAGAUGAGUGCAAUCUUUCUAUGUCUGUCUCUCUCUUUCUGACUCAUUUCACUCAGCAUGAAACUUUUCAUGCCCAUCCACUUAACUACAAAAUUCUUGACCUCCUUUUUUCUAACAGCUGCAUAGUAUUCCAUUGUAUAGAUGUACCAAAGUUUCCUCAACCAGUCAUCCGUUCUGGGGCAUUCGGUUUUUUUCCAGAUUCUGGCUAUUGUAAACAGUGCUGCGAUGAACAUACAUGUGCAGAUGUUGUUUCGAUUGUACUUUUUUGCCUCUCUGGGAUAUAUUACCAGCAGUGGUAUUGCUGGGUCAAAUGGGAAUUCAAUAUCUAAUUUUUUGAGAGUCGUCCAAAUUGUUUUCCAGAAGGGCUGAACCAGUCGGCAUUCCCACCAGCAGUGAAGAAGGGUCCCUUUCUCCCCACAUCCUCUCCAACAGCGGUUGCUUUUGUUCUUUUGGAUGUGUGCUAGUCUCUGUGGUGUGAGGUGGUAUCUCAUGGUUGUUUUGAUCUGCAUCUCUCUGAUGAUUAGUGAUGCAGAGCACUUUUUCAUGUGCCUUUUGGGGAGAAUGGGCACUGGUGAAGGGAUGGGUUCCCGAACUUUGUAUGAGGGAAGUAUAAGCACAAAAGUGUAUAAAUCUGUA